CAGACCCUGUAUUCUUUGCCUAUAUCUAUCGUUUACGUCGUUAAGUCUUUUUCGUUGAAAACGAGUGCGGAAUCAACAUGGGUUUCCAAAAUAUUUGGUAUUCACAUCCUCGCAAAUACGGCCAAGGCUCUAGAUCAUGUCGAGCUUGCGCCAAUAAACAUGGACUUAUUCGUAAAUACGGUUUGAACAUCUGCCGACAAUGUUUCAGAGAAUAUGCAGCUGAUAUUGGAUUUAAAAAGUUGGACUAGUUUUCAUUUUAAAAAACAGCUGCACUGGUUUGUGCUAUAAACAGAUUGUUUACAAUCUGUGAAACAAUGAAUAUUUAUUUAAUUAUCGUCAAAUUAUGUAAAAUAAUUUUACAUAGAAUGUCUUAAUCUGUAUAUGGCAAGAAAUCAGUAAAUCGGCGAAAAAAAGUA